AUGAUCUCAGAUGAAGAGAAGCUUCAAAAGUUCCUUCAAAAGAACGAGUCGGUUAAGUAUAUCCGUCUUCAAUGGAUCGACUUCUCUGGCAUUCUGCGCGUCCGCUUCGUUCCUGUUGACCGAUGCUUCCAGAUAGCUCAAGGAAAUGAAAACUACCUUCUCCCUCAAGUGAGCAUGAUAAUCCCAGUCUCCACGGCUCCGAGAUGCUUUCCAACUGGCAAUGAUCUCGAAAUCUGGGUGCUGCGUCCCGACUGGUCCUCGCUACGCCCCUGCGGGUUCAGACCUAGUCACGCUUCUGUCAUGUGUUUCUUGGAACACAAAGUGGCUGGAGACACGUAUAGCAAAUGUCCGCGUAUGCUAUUAUCUCGUGCGCUCGAGCGGCUUGAGAGAGAAUGGAGCACGAAAGUACUGGCAGGCUUCGAGAUCGAAUUCAUGCUCCUGGACCAUAGUUCCCAGCCGCUCAAUCAGUUAGAUCGGUUGAACAGCUAUCAAACAACUGCUGGUCUGCGCGGCCAGACACUGGACAUAGUUGAAGAGAUUCUUGACUAUCUCAAGAAAUCAUCCAUCAAUAUCCAUCACUUCCAUACCGAAACUCAUGAUCAGAUAGAAUUUGCCCUCAGUCCUGAACCGUUACUCGACGCUAUCGACUCGCUUAUACUAGCACAGGAAACAAUCCGCACACCACUGCUUGACGGGCCAACUAAUGGCAUCCACCUGCAUAUGUCCGUUGACAAGCUAGCCCCACCGCACACUCACAACUUCCUCGCAGGUAUUCUGAACCACAUGGGGUCUCUUUGUGCCUUUGGAAUGGCCAACUUUGAUGGGUAUGUUCGCACUGGCAAGGACGCAGCUGGUACGUGGGUCGGAUUUGGGACUGAAAACCGCGACUUGCCAGUGCGCAAAAUAAGCGAGCAGCAUUGGGAAUUCCGUAUGAUGGAUAGCACUUCAAAUACGUACUUGUUUGCCGCGGCUGUUUUACUGACUGGCUUGGGCGGGCUUAGCGAAAAAAUGGAUCUAGAUUGGGAAGAUUGUCGCGUUUUCCCUCAUUCACUAGACGAGCGAGAACGUGCCGAGUACCAACUGGACAAGAGAAUGCCGAGUAGUUUGCAGGAAGCAUUGCAAUUACUGAAGGCUGAUGCAGCCGUGAAGACAUGGAUACCGAAAGAAUUAUUAAAUUCCUACAUUCCCGUGAAAGAGAAAGAAGUCGAGGUGUUUCAGAAGAUGACUGACAAUCAGAGGCGCCUUCGUUUUCUAGAAUACUUUUAA